AUGAACCGUUACUUUCGUUUAAGAAGGUUGCUUUCUAAAAAGCUACUGUUCUUACUAAUCAUUAUCGGGAUUGGGAUUGUCUCCUACUCAGAUUAUCUGAUUAGACAGAAUCAUAAGAGGGUUGAUUUUGCCAAAAACCUAUCUAUUAAUGAUAAACCAACUAAAGGGUCAUCACAGAGGCCAGCUUUAGCAGGUUCAAUAUUUAACGUUAUUGAAUCACAUCGUCAAAGGGCUGAAUUAUCCAAUAAUGUUGGUCAUCUUCAAAAACUCUGGAAUUUCUUUAAUUUAGACGAAAAAUAUAUCUCUACAUAUGAACAAAAUAUCUUAAUUAAUUGGGAUAAUUCUACACAAGUGGAAAGAAUUGAUAAAUGUAGAUAUUUGAUAGACACUUAUUAUAGAGUGGAUCCAAAUUGGGCCAAUAAUAAAAUUAUGGAAUUUUAUAAUAUUGAAGAAACUGACAAUUUGUAUUUAUCUUUAUUAGCAGAGCGUCAAAGAAUUUAUGAUUAUUGUUUCUUAAAGGGGGGCUUAAAACCAACAGAUGUUUUUGAUUAUUCAAAUAUUCCAAAGCCAGCUAACUCGAAUGGUAAGGCCAUCUCCUUUCCUGUAAUGAAUGUUGAUCCUUCAGAUUUCCAAGAUAGAAUGUAUCCAUUUUUAAGAAGAACUUAUGUUGAGCGUGGAGAUUCGGAACAGCUUCCUCUGUACCCCCGUAUUUUCGAUCUAACUACUGGUAUAGUACAACCACUUCCAAUUGAUAAAAUUGAUGCAAAUUACAAUAAAAAUUUCUGGAACAAUUGGGCAUCAAUGGCUUCUGGUAAGGGGAUUGUCACUACUUUUAAAGAAAGUGAUUUACCUUUAUUUAGAAAACAGUUGGCAGUAUUAGAGCAUCUAAAUAAUAAGCACCCAAUUCAAAUUAUCUCCGCAAAAGCUCCUACUCAAGAAUUUUUGGAUUCUUUGAUUUUAACAGUGCAAAAGACUACUCAAAAGGUUUAUUUAUUAGAUUGCUCAACAAUGUUAGAUGAAGAAUUUUCAAAGAAUUAUAUUGUUAAUUUCCUCAAUAAGUGGGUUGCAAUGCUAUUCAAUACUUUUAAAGAGGCUAUUUUCUUAGAUGUGGAUGCUAUUCCUUUCAUUGGUAUGGAUUAUUUUUUCGAAAAUGAAGGAUUUGAAGAAACAGGUAUUUUAAUGUAUAAGGAUCGUGUUAUGCGUACUGAGCACACUUUCCAAUACUGUAUUGAUAUGUUCCAUGAAGCUGAGCCUUCCAAUCAGGAAACAAAUUUAAUUCAUACUGGAUUGAAAUUCGAUUCUACAACAAAUAAAUUUGAUUCUUCAUCUGCUGCUGAUAUGGCUUACAAGACAUUUUUCAGAAACUUGCAAUUGCAUCAUGUUGAUAGUGGGAUAGUUGCAAUUGAUAAAGUAGAAAAAUUAAGUGGUCUUUUAUUAUCUUUCUUAUUUCAUAUUGAUGCUAAAGUCAAACGUUGUGUUUAUGGUGAUAAAGAAAUUUUCUGGAUUGGCCAAUUGUUUGCUGGUGAGGAUUUUUAUAUUGAUCCCGUAGAUGGCUCUAUAAUUGGUCCAAUGAUGGAAAACGUUAAUCCAGAUACAGAAAAGGUAGAAUCACAUAUAUGUGCUACCCAGAUCGCUCAUAGCGAUGCACUCGAUACUUUAUUGUGGACUAAUGGUGGUUUAAAGACGUGUAAAUUCCCAAAUAGUGCCGAAAAUGAUUUUAAGAAAUAUCCAGACUAUUUCAAAGAUAGAUACGGUGAUGAGGUCAGUUUAAAGAAGAUUUAUUCAGCUCCUUUGCGAAUUGAAGGACUCAUUGUACCAGAUUCAGACAGAAAUCCUUGGUUACAUAUUAGAGAAUGUUCAGAAUAUGUAUAUUGUGCUUUUGCUGGUAACGAUUUAAACGAUCCUGAAAAUACCUUAGGUCACACAAUUAAUUUUAAUGAUGAAGAAGUUUUACAAUUUAAUAAGAUUUCAGAGUUAUGGAACCAGUCAUAA